GCGGAGGGGCCGGGACCCUGGGCUGCCGAUGCUCCAGCUCUGCAAGGUCACGGCCUCCCUGUUCCUCGGCACGGCCAGGGCAGCCUGCGACGAGGAGCUGCUGUCGCGGGAGGGGGUCACCUUCUGCAUCAAUGUCACCAGGCAGCAGCCGUUCCCCGGCCUCCCGCGGGUGCGCGGAAUUCGCGUGCCCGUGUUCGACGACCCGGCCGAGGACCUGUACCGGUACUUCGAGCCGUGCGGCGCCGCUAUCGAGGAGGCCGUGCGGGGCGGGGGGAAGUGCCUGGUGUACUGCAAGAACGGCCGCAGCCGGUCGGCUGCCAUUUGCACGGCUUAUCUGAUGAGGCACCGGCGGCUCCCGCUCAAGGACGCGUUUGAGGCUGUGAAGACUGCCAGACCUGUAGCAGAACCCAACGCAGGAUUUUGGUCUCAGCUGCAGAGAUAUGAAGAAGAUUUGCAGAUACUAAAGCAGCCAGGUCCACUGAGCAAAGGACUUAAAACUAGCAAUGUGUGAAGAUGCUUUAAACAGAGUGAAGUUUCUACAGAUCUAAAAAAAAAAAAAAAAAGAAAAAGGAAAAAAAAUCCCUUCCUGAAUCACUUCUACAUAAAAUGCCUGAUGGUUCAUUAAACAAAGCAGAGGAAGGCAUGGAAUCUUCAGCAGUUAUUUUCCCCUGAAUGACACUGAAUAUGAUAACGAUGUACUGAAUGAGUGAAGGAGUUACCACACAGCAGUUUUACUCUUGGUUGUUAAUUAAAUUUCCCAGUGAUGCCACUGGAAGACCUGAUGCCAGACUAAGGAAGUUCUGAAUUCCUGUCUCACCUGUUGGAUAUUAAGUCGUAAUUCAAGUUCAUGAGCUGACACAACUUUUGGUUGGAAACCAACACUGGUUGAUGCUUAGUCUGCCAUUUUCCUUCCGUUCAACUAGACCAAAGCACCUUCAUAAAAUUACCUAAAAAUCCAGAGGACAGAAUGUACAGAUGAUGGCAAGGAGUUCAGCUCCCAGCAUGCAAGUUAAGUGCCUUUUUAGCUUUUGAAAUUAUUCUCUAAAACACCAAAGGAAUGAUUUAAAAAACAACAGUUGAUAGUGGGGGGAAGAAGAUGACACUGGCAAUUUAGAAGUAAUCCUCACUCUUUUUAGCUUUACUUACUAAGUCUAACAAGAUCUGCCAGUGCUCAACACAUGCCUUAAUGUGCCAGUUUAGAAGUCAGUUGUACCUGCAUCCAAGCAACAUGGCUAAAUCUGCUAAGACUGCUUGCUGGUUGCUCUCUGAAAUUAUCUAUUGAGACAUCAAGAAAACUGCAUGAAACUUCUAAAUCAGACUAUUAUAUGUUUAUCGUAAGACAUUAGAACUAAACACCAAGGUAUUUUGUCAAACUGUGUGAAUACAUCUGUAAUUUAAAAUGGACAAGUUAUGAAACCUAUGAACCUGAAGGGUGAAAUUCCAUUUCAUGUUGCUUAAAGCAUAAAUAUAAAAUAAAAUUAGCUUAUCACCA